AUGGAUAACUUGCGCCUACUGACGGCGACUCUGCUUGAUCCAGCUGGCGACGCCCCUUUCUCCGUCAUCCAGCUCCAAGAUGCCCAACCUCCUACCCAAUCCUUCCUUCCCGAUAUUCGAUCCCAAGGGGUUCCUCAGGAGGGCUCGGGGGUCCCCCUCCCCGGCCUGAGCUCCCCCCAGUUCGUAGGUUCUAGCCAGGGCGCGGUCGGUGGCAGCGAGGUUCUGUCCGUGUCGGAGCCGCAGGUGGUGUCCGUGUCCCAGCCCGAGAGCUGUGCUCACCAUGGUCACGAAACAUUCCCCCCGAUCUGGCCGUGGAUCCUGGUGUCCAGCGGCAUUCCUCAGUCUGGCCUUCCCGACAUCCGCACCGAAGGGCUUCUCCAGGACACCUCAGCCGCAGUAGGCGUCCCCCUGCAAGGCCUGAGCUCCCCCCAGUUCGUAGGCUCCAGCCAGGGCGCGCCCGGCGGCAGCGAGGUCGUGUCCAUCUCCGAGCCGCAGGUGGUGUCCGUGUCCCAGCCCGAGAGCGUGUUCGUCUCGGAGCCGCAGCAGGUGUUCGUCGAGCAGCCGCAGGCAGGCCAGGCUUUCUCCGGCGAUGUGUCGGCGCCGCAGAGCAACAUCCAGCAGGCUGUGCUCACGAACGUCGUGGCCGGCGCCCCCGACCUCUUCACGCCCCAGGCCGACGGGAUCCUGGUAUCUGGCGGCAUUCCUCUCUCUCAGGGGAACGGCAUCGGACCUCAGGGCACCGUAGGGAUUCUUGAGGAUGCUUCCUUCUCCUCCUUCUCCCAGGGCGCCGCUGCUGCCCCUGAUGCCGGCCAGCCACAGGCCACCUUCGUGUCCCAGCCAGCCUCCGGCGGGGUGCCCCUGCCAGGCCUGAGCUCAGCCCCGAGAGACAGCGGCGCCUCUCAGAUCACGCAGGUGUUCCCUUCCAUCGGAAACCUCGGGUCAUUGAGCACGGGCGGCGUGCCCCUCAGCGCCGUUGUGCCCCAAGGCAACUUCGCUAGCUCUCAGAACUUCCCUCCUCCCCCCGCCUUCCCCGCCGUCGAGCAGGCCGAGGCCGCCCCGCAGGCCUUCGGCAGCGGCUCCAUCGUGCAGGUGCCCCUCUCGGGCGCGGGCUCCGUCGGCCAGGACGCCUCCAUCUUCCCGAGCAACCCCGGCCAGAGCCAGGUGAUCCCCGUGUCCCCCGUCCAGUUCAACUCCGUGUCCGAGCCCCAGCUGCUCCAGUCCUUCUCCUCGGCCGCCGUGCAGGAUGCCAUCGGCGUGCCCCUCGCUGCCACCUCCCCCCAGGUCAAGACCCCCGACAUGAGCGCCCUCCCCCUGGCUGACACCUCCUCCUCCUCCUCUUCCUCCCCAUCCUUCCCCCCCUUCUCCCAGGACCCCCUGCAAGUCGCCCCGCCAUCCAACGUUCUCCUUGACUCCGCUGCACCUGAUGUUAUCCAGGAAGUCCCGUCACCAACCCUCACCAAUGACUUCGACCUCCGGGUUGAGUCAGCACCUCAGGAACCCGAUCAGCUGUACUCCCCACCCGCCACCGACACCUCUCUCACUGACACAAGCGACGUGCGCGCAGCAGCCCCGGCUUCGAGCGCCGCUAACACAGCAAAGAGUCUAACCCAAAGCCAGGGAGCGAGCGCGGUCUCGGGGGGUCAGUCGGCCGGACCCAGGUUCAGGCCGCUGGUCGUGCGGCGGAAGCCCGAGGGGGGAGCGCCCCGUCGGGUCAGGAACUUCAAGCCCUUCGACAGCGACGAGGCGGGCUUCGAGUACAGCGCCCCGGGCCAGCGGGUCCAGAUCGUCUUCGGCAACCGCUCGCCCAGGACCCGAUUCGCAGCAUCACAGCGUAGUGGACGUGCGCGGCGCGGCGGCUCGGGCAAGGCGCUCUCGGAGGUCCAGCCGCAGAGGAACAACAUCGGCUUCGUCUUCCCCCAGAGACGCGACCCCAUCCUCCCUUCGGCGCCCGCCUCGACCGGAGAAGACCUGGCACAUUCUUUACUAACACCAGAACUGGCUCCCCCCCACUAACCACUCAGGCAGCCACCGCGACGCCCGCCGCCACCACCACCCCCUCUAACCCCGCGGACGCCCCCGCCGGCACCCCGCUCCCGCCCGUCAUCCCCAUUAUGC